UGAGAAAGAGGGAGGGAGAUAGAGACAGAGUUCGAAGGACAGAAGGAACAGAGGGUUAGAGACACGCGCGCGAGCGCUCUCCAAACGAUCCAUCUAAUAUAUUUCCCUCUUCGUCUCGCUCGUAGAGACGCGAGAGAGAGACGGAUAUAUAGAUAGAUAGACAGAAAGAGAGAGAGAUCCGUAGGGAGGACGGGACAGAGCUUUGCGCAGGGGGUUUUCGUGCGCGAUGCCACCAGCCAACCGACGCUAGUAUCUAGGGGGGUUGUUCUCUCCCUCUCAGUUGGCCGCGAUUCAGCGACGGGUCUAUGCGUCCCGAUCGCGACGGGUAGACGGAGCCGGCGAGAGAUAACGCGAAGAUUCUAAAGGGAAACUUUCUCUCUUUUUCUUUUUUUUCCCCGUUUUCAUUAUUUAUCUCUUUUGCUCGCCCUGAGUCCGUUCUUAGGAUUUUCUCCAUUUCUUUUUUAUGUUUUAAAGGAAGAUAAAAAGAGAGAAAGAAAGAGGAAGGAGGGGGAGACGUUUACUGUCAUCGCACCGAUAUCAGGGAUUCGUUUAGUGUCGAGGAUGCUUUCGAAGGAGAAAAGAGAAAAGUUUCGUGAAAAGAAUAAUACAUUCUUUUCAAUUAUUUUCUUGUUAUUCGGAGGACAGAAGAAACGUCAGAGUUUUUGAAUUUCUUUCGUAGAACGUUUAUGUUUUAAUGCCGAAACCGGCAAAGCUAUUUUAAUCGAGUUUUAAUCGAGUAUCCGAUGCGAAAAUGUUAAUCCCAUUGCGGUUGAGAGGAAGAGAAUAUUAAAACGAUGCAACGAAGAGACUGUCGGCAGGAGAUUUGUGAGAAUUCGAGGCUUGCUGAUUUGGAGAAAACGGAAUAAAGCGCGAGGUGGAUGCCCGGGAAAGGAAGUGUCUUUUCGAAAGAUAAAAAUUCGAAGGAAUAAUUAUUAGAGAGUAUCUGCGACUCCGUUAUGACCGUUUAAACGAAUUUCAUCGAGUUCGAUUCGAGUCGGAAGAAUAUUUCCAUGAAAGAUUCGAUUUGUCGAAGUUGCGGUGCUCGAUAGGGAGACGGGUCAUCGCUUUGAAGUUUCAUCGAAUUUGGCACGGUCUCUCGAAUGCGUAAGAACGCGCAUGGACGAAGGGAAACGAGUGGACAGGUUUUUAAAGCAAGGAAGAAGUAGAAGAAAGGGAAGGAGGAAGGUUAAGAGGAAAGUAAGCAGGAACGAAAGGAAGAGUUUAAGUUCCGAGCGUCUUUUUGACGACUGCUCUUCCUCGGUAAGGACUAGAAGAGUGUUUCUGAUUUCAUCUGUAAAUUGGACGUAGAAGAGGAGGGCGUGUAAAAAGAUAAGAUGCUCGCAGAAGAUGAAACGAAAGUAAAACUAGGCGCGUGAAUCCGAGCGUUGAUCGAUCCGUCUCGCGUUUCGGACGCCUUCCUUCGAUGCUUGUUUACAUUGAAAGCGCGGUUUUCUUGCCCGAGGCCGUAGAUAUGUACCUAUUUACGCAUAUACGCAGCGAGAUUGCAAUUAAUGUCAGCAGAGCUCUCAUCUCGUCGUCUUUAAGCAUUCCAGAAAGCUAGGCUACUUCUUUCCAAGUAGAGAAGCCAAUCCACGUCGCGAAACGUACAUUAUUUGCGUGACAAUAAAAAGACAGAAAAAGACUGGAUCUAUAUUUUUUUUUUCCGAUGCCAUUACCAUUCGAUUUCUACAUCGUUACGUACACGUACACUUUUCCAACGUCGCAGUGCGAUAUAAUCAUCGAUUGAAUCGCUUAAGAAUGAUCGAUGGAAACGAGAAUACGUUUAGCGUAUUAAGAUCGAGGAUUACGUGGGACCAUCAUUUUUCCAAUAGGACUCGUCGUGUUUGAUUAGAAUCUAUGGGUUUCCUCGCUCGCGAGAAAAGGAAAAGAAGAAGGAAAAUUCAUUUAGCUAAGUCACAACUUUUCAGAUUUCAAGGAGCGAUCUUGUUGCUUCGCGAAUGGAAAAACGAGCGAUGCCUUCGAUUCGAAUGCAUUAAAGCAUGAUGGAUUGAGGUAUCGAGAAGAUGAUUACAGAAUAAAUCGAAGAUCAAAUAAAAUGGACGUUUUAUCGGAUCUCCGAUGAGACGAAGGUUUCGGUGGAGGCUGAGAGAAAAAAAAAUGAAGAGAGAGAGAGAGAAAGAGAGAGAGAACUUCGUCGGGAGAGAAGGAAAGGCCGGGAUGCGUGAGAAACGGCCGUGACUGAAGGCGACAAUAAUCGAAAGACUAGAGUUAAGUGCAACUUUGACAAUAAAUAACCAAGGCUGAUACUAGAAGGAAAAAGGGGAUAAUACUGCCAACGUCGUUGCCUAUGGAUCCUGAUGUCUACAUGUCGUUGUGACUUCGUGCAUCGUACGCGCGUAUACACCUACGUAAAUCGCAAAGCUCUUGGCGACGAUAAAGAAGCACGAGAUUCCUCGGUCGAAAACCGGCCGGUGACUAUACUAUCCGCGCUAACACACAAUUUUGUUCUGGCAAAGAACGAGCGAGUCUCUUCAAGGAGAAUCGAUAGCAACGAGCGACGAAGAUAAUUCUAGAGAAUCGCGUUAGAAAGAGAAAACAAAAGGAGGAAAAAGGGAAAAAGGAGAAAAGAAAAAAGAAAAGAAUCCCAGGGAAAUGUCGUAAGGUGUCGUCAAGAAAAUUCGUGCGAAUCUCUUUACGGAUUCUUAGAUGCGCAACCAAGAGAGAUUGUCCGGAGUAAGAAGAGAUGUCACUGAAUCACAAAUAUUACGUGACAACGGUACCGGACGAAGCCGAGGACAGCUUUAAAAUGCCCAGAGCUUCCGUGGUACAUAUGACGUCGACGGCAACGAGACCACAGCACAUGUCGCAGGUUUUGGCGACCCUGGCGCUUUCCAUGGGAACGUUGUCCUCUGGCUUGGCGAAAGGCUACACCUCGCCUGCAUUGGAUUCUAUCCUGGACAAACAACCGCCUCCUCUCUAUCAAUCGUCCAACAACGAUACGUGGGCGGUUUUCUCGGUGACGACGCAGGAGGCCUCAUGGGUCGCAUCCUUGUCCAUGUUGGGCGCUUGGUGCGGCGCCAUGAUCGGUAAUUGGAUAAUGAGGAGAGGCCGACGCGUAGCCCUACGUGUUACGUCCUUACCCUUGGCUGCCGCAUGGAUACUUACGGGUGUCGCACCUUGCGUAGAAGUCGUCUAUUGCACGAGUUUCCUCGGUGGACUGUUUUGUUCCGUUAUUACGAUGGUCGCCCAAGUAUACAUUUCGGAAAUCUCAAUGCCAGGCAUCAGAGGGUGCCUGUCGGCGAUGUUAAAGGUGCUGGGUCACGUCGGCGUCUUGCUCUCUUACAUAGCCGGAACGUAUUUGAAUUGGCGACAGAGUGCACUCUUGGUGGCCGUCGCACCGUCGAUGCUCUUUUUGGGAACGCUCUUUAUACCCGAAACACCAUCGUAUCUCGUUUUGAAUGGAAAGGACGAGGAGGCAGCGAGCAGCUUGCAGUGGUUACGAGGCGAACAAGUGGACAUAAGACACGAGCUACAGGUGAUCAAGACGAACAUACUGGCGUCCAGAGCGAAGCAAUACGGACUGACGCUAAAGAGCAGCAUGCUGACGCCACGACUUUACAAGCCGAUCGCCAUAACUUGCGGACUGAUGUUCUUUCAAAGAUUUUCCGGAGCAAAUGCGUUCAAUUACUACGCCGUCAUCAUAUUUCGUCAGACAUUGGGCGGAAUGAAUCCUCACGGAGCAACAAUAGCGAUCGGUUUCGUCCAAUUAUUGGCAUCCUUGUUGUCGGGUUUCCUAAUCGACAUAGUAGGCAGAUUACCGCUCCUGAUUGCCAGUACCGUUCUCAUGUCGUUAGCGUUGGCCGGUUUUGGUAGUUACGCCUAUUACGUGUCCCAAACCCAAAAUCUGGGCUACUCCGAUUCCGCGGUGCCUACCGGCGAACACGACUGGAUACCGUUGCUCUGUGUACUGGUCUUCACGACCGCCCUAGCCCUGGGCAUAUCGCCAAUUUCCUGGCUAUUGAUUGGUGAACUUUUCCCGCUGGAGUAUCGCGGUAUCGGCUCUAGCAUCAGUACCAGCUUCAGCUACUUUUGCGCCUUCUGCGGCAUCAAACUCUUUAUGGAUUUUCAGCAAGUUCUCGGAUUACACGGAGCCUUUUGGUUCUACGCAGCAAUGGCCGUCUGCGGACUUUGUUUCGUCGUCUAUUGCGUGCCCGAGACGAAGGGCAAACAGUUGGACGAGAUGAAUCCGGACUACGCACAGGCACGGUAGUAUAAGGCCUCCUUGACGGGAGGUCUGUCGAAUCUCGAAAAGGCGAGCAAGCCUUUACCGAGCGGUGCUUAUCCGAAUGAGCACGAUCCUCGAGAAAUAUAUAGCGCCGAUCAAGUUGCUCUACCUUCGGCCGGGCCAUCGAUGACUAGUAACUCUGUCCGUGGAAUAACCAGAGGGAGUCAUCGUUCCUUGUCCGAGUACUGUGGCAUAUUCGCCGAGAAAACCAACAGGAUAGGGAAAAACGUGGAGAACUUUAUGCAAUCACGUGGAUUUCUACCGCCGGUUCAAAGGCAAAGCCUCUACGAAACUACUCGUUACCCGAACAACGUUCUCUCCUCGAGCAAAGUCAAUGGGGACAUAAAGAAAGGAGUUUAUGGUAAAACGAGAAUCUACGAGCAGGAUCGAUAUUACGACGGAAUAACGAGCGUUGAUAAUAACGAUCGCGGGGAGACAUUAGUUUCGAGAGAAUCAAAGCCGAACGAUCGCGUACGUUACACCUCCGAGACGCAGUUGCCUCGUAGACCGAAAAGACGUAACUAUCGCGAGGAGGAAUACGAUGAUCGGUCUGACGCUUGGAAAGACCCAUCGAGAAACGUAAACGGUGCUAAGCCGAUCCUGAGAAAUGGCAUCGGUUACCAGAGAGACGAAAGACCGUACUGUUCCACUCUGCCGAGGCGUAGCAGGACCAUUAAUUUCAAGGAUCAACCUUAUAACUCCCUGGAGGAGCUACGCGGAUACCCGAAGAGUCUCCAGGAUUUAACGGAUUUCGAGCUCGAGGAGAGAAUAGGAAAUUCAACCGUGGCCUCCUUCCCGAAAACGAGAACGCGUUCGAGGGAUGACAGACCGGCCGACGUUUAUCGUCAGAGAAGACUACGGGACCCCCCGGUGGAUCCUUUGCCCGAGGACGACUAUUUGAAGUUUUGUAGAAAUUUAGCGAGGAUGGAAAGAUAUCCUCGGGGAGGCCGUUACGAGCCGGGACAGGUGCACUACGAGAGAGAGUGUAGAACCUUUGGAAAGGACACCGUAGCUUUUAUUUAUUACAAGACAUGUUAUUUGUGAUCAUUUCACGGGGACUGCGAACGAGAAGCUCCGAGAAAAUACAAAGUUAAAAUAUUUCUUAUUUUCAUUCGACGUUUGCUCUGCGAGGAGUUCCUCUAAAUUACUCGAAACGAGUCAAGUUCCUUCGAGACGAGCGAAAGAUUCGCGAGAACGCUUAAAGAUAAUUACUACCAUAUCGAGCUGAACUUUAUUUUCAACCCCUUUUUCAAACGUUUAGCAAUUUUCUUUGGACUCGAUAGUUGCGGUAUACGUAUUUGUCUUUUUUCUUUCUUUACUACGAGACGAACGUACGUGCGGAACGAAAAACCGAAAGAUAUACGUACUAUACAUGUAGACACACACACACACACACACACACACACACCUAAAGAGAUUUGCGCUAGAACAAAAGGCAGAACUUCCAUGCAUCGUGCCUUCCUCGAAAAACGCGACAAUAUUAUGCCGAGACGAUAAUACUUAAAAAUCUCGUGUACCUACUACGUGUAUAUUUGUAAACACAUACGCGAAUAAUGUAUAUAAAGAAUAGAGAUGAUUUAGAGGUGAUUAUUGUUAAGAAAUAAAUUCGACGAAUCGCGCGAUUUGCGAAGAGAUUCUUCCGAGACGAAAUCUAUGGAUAGACUAAAAGAGAAAACAAAAAAAUAAAAGGAUAGACGAUUAGAUCGAUAAUUAGGAUACGUAGGACUCGCAAAACAUUUCGUAUUUUUGUUCCAAUAUAAUCGGACGAUUCGUAGCCGAUUAUAAGAAUCUUUCUAUUUACAAUCAAUUUUUACCAGAGAGGAGACCUGAGCUACGUACUCGCGUUGCCUGGCUUUAUUAGAGAAAAUAUAUGUUAAUUACUAAGGUGCAAAAGGGCACGCGUUUGUUAUUAUCGAAGAAAAAGGGAAUAAUAAAUGGCUCUGGUCUCAUCCUCGUGACUCGAUCUGCGAGUCAAUGACUUAAUUACGACAAUAUCUGUAGAUAGAUACGUCUGUAUACACACGCGCAUACUUAUUAUCUUUCUUACAUCUAUAUCGCAUAUCGGAGUAUUGUAUAUAACGUAUCCAAUAUUUACCCACGCAUGUACAUACGUAUUCGCACGAGUGUGGGAGCAACAAGUAAACAAAAUUUAUCGACAAUAUAUACAUAAGUAUAUGAUACAUAUACACACAUAUAUCGAUCGUUGCCAAAUUCGUUUGAUCUCUAGGUUUAGAACUCGAAGAAUAAAAUUUUGUAAAGUACUGCGUAUGCGUAUAUAUUCGAGAACAUACGUACAUAGGUAUAUACGAUUUAUUCUUCAGCUGUAAUUUCCAUUGCAUUUAGAUAGAGAGCGAGAGAGCGAGAGAGAGAGAGAGAGAGUUGAUAAGCCUAAUGUUUACUUUCUUCUAAAAGUCUACCUACGUUUAGCUGCCAUUUAACGAUAUAAUAUUUUUAUAAGAUUUUGUCAAAUCGAAACUAAGGAUUCGUGCAAUGUGAACACAACCUUCCGUUCUCCGUCUCGCGAGAGAUUAACGUGAGAUGAGAGUUAGAAAGAAAAUCUGUAUCUGUAUUUGAUAUUUUUAUAUAGUCUGUAGAAAAAAAAAUACAAAAAAAAAGAAAAGAAAAAAGAAAAACAAUAUUAGCCGUUGAAACGUCGCGAAAAAGGAUUUUCAAUAUACGACCGACGUUGUGUUACGCAGAAGAAUCUGCGAUCGUGAUCAAAGGCCUAGUCUUCGAAACGGAGAAAGAUAUUUCGUUGUUCUGCGAGAGAGAAGAUGUAAAGAAGAUAUAAAGAAAAGAAGAAAGGUAAAGACAAGGAAAAAGGAUUUCGAUGCUUCCUUACUCACUCGUCGGACACGAUAGAAUAUAUCGCGUUGUCUUUCUCCUUGCGGUCGUCGAGUAAAAAACUUCUUAUACUUCCGUAAUCAUUUAUAUCUAUGUAUAUCCAAGUAUAUAAGUCAUAUCCUUGCCAUAUCCAAUAUUCUAACGAAAUGGAAGUCUGUGAAGCGCGUAUUACGAUUUCGCGUACUUAAACUAAUCGAUAAAAAUACCUAUCGGAAAUGAUAUACUAGCGGUGCUUUUGUAGACAAAGCUCGGAUCGAUCCGAAGCUUUGAACAAUAAGAUUUCUAUAAAGGGUUGCGUCCGUGCAAUUGCAAAACCGUUCGAAUCGAUCUCGAACGAUUUUAAGAUCCAUUGGACGCGUCUUGUCUGACCGGUGCAGGCACAGUGAAUGACUCGAAGCAAAGACAUAUCGCUAGCUCGUCGGGAAAGAAAUUGCCCUCGAUCAAGAGUGACUUUCUCUCUGUCUCUCUCGAUCGAGUGGAAUGCGAAGAAAAUGUUAUAUAAUCGAUUGAAAAAAUUCACGCGUAUCUUGAAAAAGAAAAGAAAAGAAUGAUCUCUCGGGCAAACAUAUCUUGUCAAAGUAAAAUUUGCAGGGUGUUAAAUCACUGUGUACUUAAGGGGUAAGAAAAGACAAAAGAAACCUGUAUUAAUAUCCUACGAUGCUGAAGGGCUUGGACGUAGUAUCGAAUAAAAUUUCUACGAUUAAGAUAUAGCGCAAGUGCAAUGCUCGUUAAACGAGUGCACGCGUAGCUUAAGAGAAUCGACUUUAGAGAUCUAUACAUACAGUGUGUACAUACAGAUUUUCGACCAUCCCGUUCUUUAGUAUUCUUUGCGCCGUACCAAUGAUAAUUCUUAUUCGUGCCAAAGGCACAAUUUGCGGACUUGGAGUGACUAUUGCGUAAUCUAAAGCGAGUGUUAUUGUCAUUUCUUUCCCGUAGUCAACGUCGAGCCUGAUAAAGGAACAAACGAAAACAAAAGAAAAAAAAAUGAAAAAAAUAUAUAUAUAUCACACACAUACCACAUACAUAGUACACGCGACAUAUAUAAUUAUACAUAAAAUAUAUCUGCACUGUGCACUUUCGUGAAUUGAAGGUUUAUUGUAAUACUCUUGGCGGUACGAUAGAGUUUGAAUCGGAAACAAAGCGUCGUAUUACCGCACACAUAGAGAAUGUAAAUUAGUCGAGGAUAUUAUAGGCGUCGUAUCAAGUUUCACGCCCCUUUGUACGCAUCCAUUUAUGUAUUAUACAUGCAUACAUACGUAUAUACAUACACGACACGUCAUAUGUACGCGCCGUAAAGGUAACGACGUAUUUGCAAGUCACUUUCUAGCAAUGAAACUCGCUUGAAAAUGCACGCUAUCGAAUAAUCGAAAUAGGUGCCGAAGACUAGCUUAUCGGAUAGAAGAAACAAGCUAUACAAACGAUCGCGCGUUACUCGAGCGUAUUCUAAAACUCGAAACGUCUUUGCGACGAGAUUAGGUCGAAAUAGAGAGAGAGAGAGAGAGAGAGAGAGAGAGAGAGAGAUUCCGUACGAGCAAAAGUAACUCGGUGACAAUAAGAUGAUAGAGAUUCAGAGAAAUAAUCGACAAUAAACAUUAGAGAGAAAGAGCGCUGGCCGUCAGACACAUAUACGUGAUUAUAUACAUACAUAUACAUAUAAAUAUAUAAAUUUACGCAUCUAUGAGCUGUCAGAGACAAGGAAAAAAAACAAAAGAAGAAAAAAAAAGAAAAGAAAUGUCCGACAAGGUAUUUUCCAAAACAAUGAAAAAAAAAAUAUAUAUAUAUACAAAAUCCUACUUCAAAAAGGGUAGCUUCGCUUGCUAGAUUUAAUAUUUUUGUAAUGACGCCUAGGUGUAGUUUGUUUGUACCUCGAUAGAGUAUUUAAUCUACGAGAAAAGGAUAAAAGAAAACACAGGAAUAUCACAGUGAAAGGUUGCGACAUGAACACACACACAUACACACACGCUCGAUGAAAAUAAGACUGUGUGCGAGUAUUCGAAGCAUAAGCGAGCUUUAACUCCGAUCAUCGAAUUAGAAGAUGUCUCUAACGCGUGGCUGAUUCUUUUUCGAACGAUGGCGUCCUCGAUCGAUGACUUUUUUCUUUCGUUUUCUACACACUUUUAGAAAUAAUUGUUGAUUUCGAAUGUUAUUAAAAUCUCGUUGGAGUUUAAGGAAGAAAGGGAUGGUGGCAUCGGUAUUACUAGAAAUAAGAAAUAAAUUCGAUUUAAUCGGAAAUUUAAGGAUUGGUCGUCGACUUGGGAGCUAAUCGUAUUUUACGCAAAAAAUGAAAAUGAAAAGAGAGAGAGAGAGAGAGAGAGAGCAAUUGUUGUGUUGAGAGAAAAGAAAAUAAUCGUUGAUAUUGCCGAACGUCGGAGACGCUUCUAACAUCGGUACGGUAAAAGAUAUGCGUUUAUCUGUGUUACGUAUAAAACAUGUACUUAAGCGAGAGUUUAGUUAGAAAGAUUCUCUAAAAGAUCAUUAAUUUCGUUAUUGAAUGAUAAAGCUGGAUAUACGAUCGCUAACCAAGUGGAACCAAGAUAUUACGUGUUUCUAUAGAGAAAUCAUAUACACAUAUUAUAAAUGCCAAAAUAAGAAGAAACAAACAUAACCGAUAACACAUA